AUGACACAGGAUACACGACACAGUGAGUUGAUGAGGACAAAAUCAACGCUUUUAAAAAAGCUGCACAAGAUCCUAACGAGAAAACUGAAGUCAAGUCGGUCCAUAGACGAAGUAAUCGAAGCAGCUUCCGAGCCUGGAACAUUUACAUCCGCUACAUUUAUUCCGGACCAGGAAGCCAUUGCCUUCGAGGGUGACAUGCUGAUGCUGAUCCCACAGUUCGCGUGUAGGUCAUAUGUGGGGAUGUCUGUUCGUAAUCAACAUUCAACUUUAUCACAGGAUAUGAUAUUGUCCAGGCGGUGUCGGUCUUCGGCCGUGUUCUCUCAUGAAAUACUACACGUUUUGGGAUUAUUUCAUGAACAUUCUCGGCCGGACCGCGACGAGUAUGUAGAUAUACAACUUCAGAACACCAUCGGCAGAAGCCGUAUCAACUUUAACCGUAUAGGACCGAAAAACAUCAACUCCAGAGGGGUUGACUAUGACUAUCUCAGUCUCAUGCAUUACGGUAGUAAGGCUUUUAGUAAAAAUGGUAACUAUACAAUCGUACCACGGCCUGACAACAACAGAAAACGAUAUCUUAAUCAGAUCGGCCGUUCUCGUAGAAUCAGCAAAGGAGAUGCAAGAGUAAUCAACCUAAUGUACAGAUGUCGCAUGCCACGCCCCUCUAGACCCACGUGUUCAAAGUAUCCAUAUAGAUUGUAA